AUGUUCGCGUUGCUGCUCGUCGCCUUCCUUUGCGGAGUCACUGCCGCCUCCGAGGCAGAGCGCCCUUCCUCCCUCCGAGGCAAGGAGCCUCGGGCCUUCGGAGAUGAGCGCCGCCUUGGGGACGACCGUCGCCGGCAUCGGCGCCGGGAGCACCAUGAGGACCAGGAAGAGCACCACCAGGACGAGGACCACUGGAGGCCCUACUGGGGCCCGCAUCCGGAUCCUCGAGAGUGCUUUCCGCCUUGUGACUUUUGCCAGACUUGUGCCGAUGGCAUGUGCGUGGGUGCCCCCUGCAAGGCGAGGUGUUCAAUGUGCGACCCCUGCCAGACUUGCAAUGGCUUUGGCGAGUGCAUCGGCACAAGGUGCGAAAUUCAGUGUGCGUUGUGCGACUCCUGCCAGACUUGUGUGGGAGGCCAGUGUAUCGGCUCGUCGUGCCAAGACAGGUGUCUCUCGUGCAACACGAUGCCCAUGAUGUGCCCAGAUGGGCAGACUUCCAUUCCUGGUAGCUGCAUAAACGGCAUGUGCAUGCCGGGUUCGUGUGUGUAG